GCCCCGCCUCUUCAGGGAAAGUCUAUGGGGUGAGCAGCGGAGCGCGAGGAGAGGCUGACGUUCUGUGUACAAGUGUCGGACUGUCCUGGUGGUACUGAUGCUGCUCCCCCCUGCCUGCGGUCCCAGGAUGUGGUUGUUGUCUGCAGUGACCAUAUUGAUCUGUGGCCUUGCCACCCAGUCACUGGAUGUGUCACAGAAAGCUAGACGAGAUCUUCAGGACGUCCGAUACACUGGAGAGCCUGAAGACAACAUGAAUAUAAGUGAACUAAUUGAAUACAAAGGAUAUCCCAGCGAGGAAUAUGAUGUGACUACUGAAGACGGCUAUAUCCUAAAUAUCAACAGGAUACCUUAUGGUGUCAAAUCUCCAUUUACAGGACCCAAGCCUGUGGUGCUCUUACAGCAUGGCCUACUUGCAGAUGGCAGUAACUGGGUUAGCAAUCUUGCCAACAACAGUUUGGGCUUCAUCCUGGCAGAUGCAGGGUAUGAUGUGUGGAUGGGAAAUAGUCGGGGAAAUACGUGGUCUCGGAAACACAAGACUCUCUCUCCUUAUUCUGAAGAAUUUUGGGCUUUCAGCUAUGAUGAGAUGGCUUUACUUGAUCUUCCUGCAGUCAUAAACUUUAUAUUACAAAAAACCGGACAGGAGCAAAUUUUUUACAUUGGACAUUCUCAGGGAACCACUAUAGGAUUUAUCGCGUUUUCAAGUUUGCCCCAGCUGGCAAAAAAAGUGAAAAUGUUUUUUGGUCUUGGUCCUGUGGCUACAGUCAAGUUCUCCACCAGUCCAUUGGCAAAGUUAGGCCUUCUUCCAGAAUUCUAUUUCGAGGAGUUGUUUGGGAAAAAUGAUUUUUUCCCCCAGUCACACUUCCUUAAAUGGCUUGUCUCUAACUUCUGCGACCAUGUAUUGAUAUGGGAGGAAAUGUGUGGCAAUAUUUUCUUUAUUAUAAGUGGAUUCAACGUAAAGAACUUCAACAUGAGCCGGGUAAAUGUAUAUGCAUCCCAUUGUCCCGCAGGAACAUCUGUGAAAAAUAUGAUCCACUGGGCCCAGGCAGUAAAGACUGGAGAACUGAAGGCAUUUGACUAUGGAACAAAGGGCAAUAUUUUUCAUUACAACCAGACUACGGCUCCUUUAUACAGUGUGAAGGAUAUGAAAAUUCCCACAGCCUUAUGGAGUGGGGGCAACGACUGGUUGGCUGAUCGCAACGAUGUAUCUUUAUUACUUAGCCAAAUCAGUAAUUUGGUAUACCACAAAGAGCUGCCAGACUGGGAACAUCUGGAUUUUAUCUGGGGCUUGGAUGCUGCAGAGCGCAUGUACGGUGAAAUCAUUCACUUCAUGAAGAUGUUCUCCUAAACUCUGGUUUCGGGUGUUUAAAGAAACCGUGUGCAGAGCCUGGAAAAGAAAAAUGUUACCUUAUUGACAACUUGAAGAAAACUUGAUAUGAACUGUAGCCAUACUAUAUACAUUACUAUGCAAUUCAUAGGUGCCUCAUUUACAUGCAGGAAUUUCAUAUCUUUUUUUACAAGUGAAAAAGCUUUGCAUUUCUUACCAAAUAAUGCGGCCUAGUCUAAAUGCUGCACGGGUCUCCUAUGCAGAGGAGAGCGGGGGCUCUGGUCUCACAUGAGAGUUGGGCUCCUGCUCUAAUGUCCUGGACCAUCAGAAGCACUGAUCCUGGCCAUUUAAGCCCUUUGAUGCCGCUGUCAAUAGAGACUUCAGCAUCUAAGUGGUUUAGAAGAAAGGAGCUUCCAUUUUAUCCCACAAAUGAGAUGGUGGGGUCCCGAUGUCUUUGCUUGGCAGCCUGGAGCCUAAUGGACGCCCCAGGACUGUCUGCAUUGUAUGCCUAGCAGCUGUGCCUCUCUGGUGCAGCCUGCUGGUGACUGUCAGUAAAGCACUGACAGUAUAAUACAUUGUACUGCAUAAGCAGUAUAGAGGUAUUAUAAAUGCCACAUAAAAGCUAUCGCCGUGUCAUUAAUGACUCUCGCUACACAAUUAUUUAAUUUAUCCUCUACGAUAAACGCUGUAAAAAACAACAGUAAAAGAAUUGCUAUUUUUCACUUAUUAGCCAACAAAAAAAUAAACAAAAAGCGAUCAAAAAUAUUUGUGUACCCCAAAAUGAUGCCAGUAAAAAGUGCAAAUUGUCCUGGAAAAAUCAAGCCCUCACACAUAGAGAGAAAAAAGAGUUAUGGUCCUUGGGAUGCAGCGAUGCAAAAACAUUUUCUUUUCUUUUUUAAACUGAUUUUAUUGUUUAAAACAUAAAAAAGUAGUAAAACAUAAAUGAAUGCCACAAAAUUUAUAUUGUAAAAGCUCAGUGGCAGUAUUGCAGUUUUUCCCAAAUCCCCCCCCCCCCCAUAGAGUUAAAAGAAAGUUAAUCAGUAAGUUAUGGGUACCCCGAAAUGGUGCAAUAAAAA